GGAAAUACUUGCAGUUUACCACACGGGGUCCUCAUUUUCAAAACAAACAAAAUGGCGGCACACAUGAGAUGGGGUAUUCGCCAGGUGUUACGGGCAAGAAAUCCGGCUCAAUUUAGGUCUUCAGACAAGACCAGAAGCUCCUGCUACUCACAGUUCACUACCCACGGCUUCAGAAAGGUUCAGCCUCAGCCCGGUACAGCGACUACACUCUUCUCAACGAGACACCUGUCCAUCCAGACUCAAGACACGCCAAACCCUCAGAGCCUGAAGUUUCUCCCUGGUAAAGCUGUCUUAGGAGCUGGGACGCUUGACUUUCCCUCUCCAAGUUCAGCUGGAUGUUCAUCUUUAGCCAGGGACCUGUUUGAAAUCGAAGGAGUAAAAAGUGUGUUCUUUGGCCCUGACUUUAUCACAGUCACUAAAACAGAUGAGGAUGUGGAAUGGACAGACAUUAAACGUCACGCUUUGGAGGCCAUUGCUAAGUUCUUUGAGAGUGGUGACCCAAUAACAACUGGAGCUGUGUACCAUGAAAGUAGUCAUUCUGAAGAUGAUGAUGAUAUUGUAUCCAUGAUAAAGGAACUUCUGGAUACGAGAAUCAGACCUACAGUACAGGAGGAUGGAGGCGAUGUCAUCUUUAAGGGGUUUGAAGACGGCGCAGUCAAGCUCAAGCUUGUUGGUUCCUGCACAGGGUGUCCCAGCUCCACAGUUACCCUGAAGAAUGGCAUUCAGAACAUGCUGCAGUUUUAUAUCCCAGAAGUAGACAGUGUGGAACAGGUAGAAGAUGAAGUGGAUGAAAUCAACGCAAAGGUCUUCUCAGAGGUGGAACGCAAAUUACAAGAAUAAAAACUUCCUCGACCAACACAGACACAACUUGUCAGAAGAAAAAUAUGUUCCACUUUGUAAAAAUACAGCAUUGCAUUAUUUCCUGUAAUUACUUUGCUACAAUCUUAAGAAUGAAGAGAGAAAAAUAUUACCUGCUAUUUUGUGUGCAUUCUAUAUGCUGUUAAGAGUUUAAGCUGUGUAUGACAUACUGUAAGCCCCUGUUACCAAGAAAAGGAGAAACAUACAUAAAUAUACCUGUAGACAGAAAUAUACUGUUCUUCUUCUAACCAGUCAAAAUGUUAUACUGUGAUGGCUUUGGCUAAAUUUUGUGAUGUAUUUAUUUCUUAUAAAUAUUGUAUAUUUUGAAAGAAUAUUUUAGUAGGGUGGAGAUGGUGUCAAAGAUUUUGGCAUUUUUUGUGGUCAUGCUGAAUGCUGAUUUGUUGAGAUAUUUCAGUUUGAGAUAUUUCAUUGUUGCGGCUGUAUACCAAGUUAAAUAUGACUGGAUAAAUUUGCUUGUUGAUGCAUCACCUAUAGAUUAAAUAAAAUGUUAUUUAGGCAACAAUUAAGCUUUAAGUGAAAGUAGGUUUACAGUAUAUGCUAUUCUGUAUAUCUGUAUGCUAUUUUAAUUUGCUUUGUGCACUGUUCAUAAGAUUUUCUGUUACCACGUCAAAGUUUACAGUUUAAAAGUAAAUCUUUAUUGC